AUAUACAGAAAAACAGACACCUGAUCACCACCACCACCACCAUCGUUCCUAAGCUCACUCUUUUCUACAAUGUCGACCGAGGAAGACACCGUCCAAGAAAAGAAGACGAUCUCCCUGAAGACCUCCGACGACGAGGUCUUCGAAUUGGAGGAGAACGUGGCAAUGGAGUUCGGAACCGUCAAGGCCUUCUUCGGAGACGAUGGGGUCUCCCGAGACAUGGUGAUGCCUAUACCUAACGUGCACAGCAAGGAACUGACGAGAAUCAUUGACUUCUGCACCAAGCACCUCGCAUUGAAGCCGAAAGCUGAUCACGACGAGGCCGGGAAGAAGGAGCUGAGGAAGUUCUAUGCUGAGUACGUGAAGGAAGACACCACCGAGCGCAUAAUGGAGCUCAUACUGGCUGCGGAUUACUUGAAUGUGAAUGACUUUCUGGACUUGUUGAACCAGUCGGUGGCGGACCGGAUCAAGAACAAGAGUGUGGAGUAUGUCAGGAAGUUUUUUGGGAUUGAGAGUGAUUUUACUCCCGAGGAGGAGGCGGAGCUCCGGCAGCAGUAUGCCUGGGCUUUUGAGGGGGUUGAUGAAGACUGAAUGGUGAAAAUGUUGGGAGAAGUUGGAAGAAGUUAAAAACUUGAUUCAGUGAUCUUUUAUUUUAUUUCUUUAGGGUGUUAGGGUUACUUAUUUUCGUGUUGAAGAUUUAAAUAAAAGAUGUGUACGUUUAUCCUAUGUAAUGAUGACUUUAUUGUUUG